AUGUCUGCCAUCACAAGUUCUAUACGUAUUUCCCGCCAUUUCUUAACUACCCAGCAAAUACAAACCCUAGUUACAAAAGUUCACAGUUCUAAACUCCCCCAACAAAACAAUGCUUUUCUUACGGAAACUGUGUGUAAGGAAACCUUAGAUAAAUUGACAGAUGUUAAAACUUUGCAGAAACUGCAUUCAAAGAUCAUUUUAAACCAAACCCUUAGCUCAGAAUCAUCGAUUGCAAUCAAAUUGAUGAGAUCGUAUGCUGCUUUUGGGCAGCCAAGAAUUACCCGCUAUGUGUUCGACAAAAGUCCUGAUAAAAAUGUAGUUUUUUUUAAUGUUAUGAUUAGAAGUUACAUGAAUAAUCACUUUUAUAAUGAUGCCCUUGUUGUGUUUAAGAGUAUGGCUGAUUAUGAUGUUGUUCCUGAUCAUUAUACUUACCCUUGUGUUCUGAAAGCUUGUUCGGGAUCGGGUAAUUUAUGGGUUGGUUUGCAAGUUCAUGGUCCGGUUGUUAAAGUCGGGCUUGAUUUGAAUCUAUUUGUUGGGAAUGGAUUGAUUGCUAUGUAUGGGAAAUGUGGUUGUUUGGUGGAUGCGUAUAAAGUGCUUAAUAGUAUGCCUGUGAGAGAUGUGGUUUCGUGGAACUCGAUGGUUGUUGGGUAUGCACAAAAUGGACGCUUUGAUGAUGCGUUGGAGGUUUGUAGGGAUAUGCAAAUUUCUGGGGUGAAGCCUGAUUCUGGUACUAUGGCCAGUCUUUUGCCUGCUGUAACUAAUACAUCGAUUGAGAAUGUUAUGGUGGUGAAUGAUAUGUUUGUCAACCAUAAAGAGAGUUUAGUUUCAUGGAAUGUUAUGAUUGCGGUGUAUGUGAAUAAUUCUAUGCCUACGAAGGCAAUUGAUAUUUACUUGCAGAUGGAAUUUAGUAAAAUGGAACCAGAUGCAAUUACUUUAGCUAGCGUUCUUCCUGCUUGUGGGGAUCUUGCUGCUAUAUUGAUAGGAAGACGGAUCCAUGAAUAUGUGGAACAGAAGGGGCUUCGACCAAAUUUAUUGUUAGAGAAUGCCUUAAUUGAUAUGUAUGCAAAGUGUGGUACUAUAGAGGAGGCGAGGAAAGUGUUUGACAGGAUGCAAUUUCGGGAUGUUGUGUCAUGGACUUCAAUGAUCUCUGCUUAUGGUAUGAGUGGACAAGGUUGUGAGGCUGUUGGGAUAUUUGACAAGAUGAGGGACUCUGGUCUCGCGCCAGAUUCAAUAGCUUUUGUUUCAGUUCUUUCAGCUUGCAGCCAUGCAGGAUUAUUAGUCAAAGGGGAAGAGUAUUUUAAAUUAAUGACUAGAGAGUACAAAAUUCUUCCAAGGUUAGAGCACUUUGCUUGCAUGGUUGAUUUACUAGGGCGAGCAGGACGACUAAAUGAGGCUUAUAGCGUCAUUAAGCAGAUGCCAAUGAAGCCUAAUGAAAGGAUUUGGGGGGCUUUGUUGAGUGCUUGUCGGGUCUACUCUAACAUGGAUAUUGGACUUGUAGCUGCUGAUAAUCUUUUCCAGAUGGUACCUGAGCAAGCAGCUUACUAUGUCCUUUUAUCAAAUAUUUAUGCAAAGGCUGGUAGAUGGAAAGACGUAACUGUAGUUAGGUCAAUCAUGAAGAGCAAAGGCAUCAAGAAAUUGCCUGGUGUCAGCAACGUUGAGCUACAUGAUCAUGUCCACUCCUUUCUUGCUGGUGAUCAGUCCCAUCCACAGUCGAAGGAAAUUUAUGAAGAGUUAGACGUCUUAGUAUGGAAAAUGAAAGAGGCAGGUUAUGUCCCCGAGACAGAGUCUGCACUUCAUGAUGUGGAAGAGGAAGAUAAAGAAAACCACCUAGCUGUUCACAGUGAGAAAUUGGCAAUUGCCUUUGUGAUUUUAAAUACAAAACCUGGGACGCCAAUUAGGAUUACUAAGAAUCUACGUGUUUGUGGGGACUGCCAUAUAGCUGCCAAGCUUAUCUCGAAGAUUACUAAUCGUGAUAUUAUUGUAAGGGAUACGAAUAGAUUUCAUCAUUUCCACAAUGGAGUGUGCUCUUGUGGGGACUAUUGGUGAAGCUAUAGUGAGGGAGUUAAAUGGUAUGGAGAAUUACCUCUCAUUUUCAAAUUGCAAUGUAGAACUAUCAAUAUACUGUUAAGUCUUCUAUCAAUUAUGCCUAUGAUUUCAAUUACUGAGAUCACUGUGUCAUAUGUGAUUGUUGAGACCUUAGUUCUAAUGUCAUUGCUCCUCUUUUUACCACAACAAUAUCAUUGUGUAUGCUGUUUGAUGGAUCUAGCUUGCCUGAUUCUCUGUUCCAUUAAGUUAUACUCUGGUUUAGUCACUGUAUGAUAUCGGGCCAAGGUCUCUAGUCUCCAAAGCAUGGUACUCACUGCAAUUUGAAUAAAGCGGGCUAAAGUCUUGGAAAACAUAUUCUGUUGGUAGCCUUUGGGUGCAAGCAAACACAUCCAGAAUGAACUUCAACAAGGACAUAGAUUCUUUUGUUUUGCAUUAGAAGUCACACAAAGCUUCAAUCUAACCAUUGCUUUGACAACAUCUAGCAACAAGAUCUGCUUGGCAACCGUUAUUCAUGUUGUGUAGUUUACAUGGCGCCUUCUUGGAGAUCCAAUGAAGGCAUCAGUGUGUUAACUGUUGUUGCAUCCUGUUAUAGAGGUGGCUACCAUGUCGAAGAUGCAUUUGCAAAUAUCAUAAAAGUUUUUAAGGCACCCAAAAAUGCAGUGAAGUUUCAAGCAGAAGUACGCAGAAAGAACACAAUGUGCACAUUACCUGUCUAGAGGUUAGCAAUACCAGUACUGAGAAGCACUUGUUUAGAGGUUAGCAUAGGUGAAAAGGUUCCUCCUUGUGGAGAGGUUGGUUAGAAAAGUAAUCCGUGGGACAAUUUUCAGGGACAUAUGAUGGUUGUCCAUUUUUCCUUAUAAAAGCUCCAUUUUUUUUGGGUA